AGCAGCAGGUGCGUGAGUAAAAGGGAAUAAAGACAAAAAACUCUGGAAACAUCAGAUUUAGAUGAAUGCCUGAGUGAAACAAAAAGAGUUCAUUCUGGAGGACAAAGAGACUUGGGCCCUGGAAGCCGGGGUGGACGAAGACGAUGGAACUUUUACAACCAUCUCUCUGGCCGGUGACUCAGCUGACAGCGGAUCUGCAGCCCUGUAUACUAAACAGGAGGACGACCUUUUCACCAUGAACUGCGACAUAGAUGGAGACCUGGAGAACCAAGUGGAGAUGGAGGAAAAGACGAGGUUAAUAAAUCAAGUUUUGGAACUUCAGCACACACUAGAAGACCUGUCGGCACGAGUUGACGCCGUCAAGGAGGAGAACCUGAAGCUGAAGUCGGAGAACCAGGUCCUGGGUCAGUACAUCGAGAACCUCAUGUCUGCUUCGAGCGUCUUCCAGACCACCGACACCAAGAGCAAACGGAAGUAAUCAAGUCUGAGAAGAAACCCGACCUCCAUCCGGAUUCUGGAGAGGAAAGGAGACAUGCAGAGGGGUUUGUUUUCUCAGCUGAUCUGUGAGUUUUCUGUAACCCCAGUAGGAAAAAUGUAAAUAUAAACAUAAGUGUUUGUAAAUGAAAUCUCAGCUGUUUUUUUUUUCUGUUUUAAGAAAAUUUAUUGUGGACAUUUUGUUCAUUACGCUAUUUUCUCUGUGACCCUGGUAUUACGCUACAAUAUCAUUAAUGCUAUUGGAUCUUCUAACACUGUUUUUAUUUAUUUAAAUCCGGAUCUGAGUCUUGGGUUUGUCUCGGAUCUCCUGCUCAUCCUUCUCGGCUGGAUUCCUCCACUUAAAUCUGAUAAACUGAACAGUGUUAUGCAGAAUGGAAACUACACAGCUGGCUUGUACGAGUGAUCUACAUAUAUAUUUGUUUGUUUUGCAUAUUUGCAUAUCUAAUAAAAUGUAACUAAGUCAUCA